AUGAGUAACAGGAAGCAAGACAAUGAACUAAUUGAUAAGGAAAAACAACUGGAGCAGGAGUUAGAAAAAUGGGUGAAAAUUGAGGAAAGUGUAUACAAGCAGAAAUCAAGGGUGCAAUGGCUAAAACUGGGAGACUCUAAUUCAAGAUACUUCUUUGCACAAAUGAAGCAAAGGAACAGUACAAAUGGAAUUCAAAUGCUAGUUGAUGAUACAGGGAGACAGUUGGUGCUUGAUGAUGAUAUAGAGGCAGAAGUCAUAGGGUACUAUAGGACACUUCUGGGAUCAAAAGAUGAAGCCAUUCCUGCUAUUGAUCCUAAUGUCAUCAAAAUGGGGUAUACCCUGAAUAGAGAACAACAACUGCAACUGAUCAACAAAGUUACUAAGGAAGAAAUAGGAGAGGCACUGAAGGAGAUCAAUGAUUUAAAAGCCCCAGGAUAUGAUGGUUUUAAUGCAGUCUUCUUCAAAAAGGCAUGGAGGAGUAUAGGUGAUGAAGUGACAAUGGCAGUGGAGGAGUUCUUUGAAACAGCAUAG